AAGUUGGUGCUGUUAAGAACCCCUCCAAAUGGAGCAGUAACUGUGGGCCCAUCGCUGAAGACUGAUGAGUGGACUGAAAUGGAGCAAAAGUCAGGGGUUUUUGCCCCUGUUAACUCCAGGGAAGUCAGUUUGGAAUAACUAGAGCUAAAGGAAGGGAUCAGUAAAAUGACCUAAAGCAGCAUCUGAGCCAGAAAGUCUCUUGAGAGCUGGGAACAAUAGGGAAGACCCAGACUCCUUCCUGAAGUCUGCGCGUCUCCAGCGCCUGCCCUCAUCCUCAUCAGAGAUGGGAAGCCAGGACGUGUCUCCUCUCCAGGAGACCAGCAAGGACCCUUUUUCUGGAGACUGCAGCUGCCGGCAGGAUGGGCUGACUGUCAUCAUCACCGCCUGUCUGACCUUUGCCACAGGGGUCACGGUGGCCCUGAUCAUGCAGAUCUAUUUUGGGGACCCUCAGAUCUUCCACCACGGUGCCGUGGUCACGGAUGCUGCCCGCUGCACGGCGCUGGGCAUAGAGGUGCUCAACAAGCAGGGCUCCUCAGUAGAUGCAGCCAUUGCCUCAGCCCUCUGUGCAGGAAUCGUCAACCCCCACACGUCAGGGAUUGGCGGGGGUGGGGUGAUGCUGGUCCACGACAUUAGGAAGAACAGGAGCUGGGUGAUCGACUUCCGCGAGGUGGCUCCCCUGGGCAUCCCACUGGAGGGGGACCUGCAGAAGGACACCAAGCCAGGUCUGCUCGUGGGCGUACCAGGCAUGAUACAAGGAAUGCACCAAGCGCACGAGUUACACGGGAGACUCCCAUGGUCCAAGCUGCUGGGCCUCGCGGCCGCUGUUGCCCACAAUGGGUUUAAUGUCACACACGAUUUGGCCAAAGCCGUAAGUGAACUGAAGGACCUGAACUACUCUGACAAAUUUCGGGAGAUCUUCCUGCCAGAUGGCCAGCCCUUGGUGCCUGGCAUGUUUGUCAGGCGCCUGGACCUCGCAGCUGUCCUGGAACUGGUGGGGGCAGAAGGGGUGUCAGCUUUCUACAGUGGAAAUUUGACCCAAGAGAUAAUCUCUGAGGUCCACAACUAUGGAGGAGUCUUGGUGGAGGAAGACUUCAGCAAUUACAGUGUCACAGUGGAGAAUCCCAUCCACACAGUCUAUCAAGGUCAUCUUGUUUUCAGUCCCCCACCUCCACAUGCAGGUCCUGCACUGAUCACAGCACUGAACAUCCUUGAGGGCUUUAACAUCACAAGUCAAGUAUCCAGGGGGAAUAUCUUGCACUGGAUGGCAGAGACAUUAAAAAUAGCCCUGAGUCUAGCUAGCAACCUGGGAGACCCAUCUGAUGAUGUAUCCAUCACUCACGCUGCAGAAGACAUGGUGAGUAAAUCAGAAGCUAAUUCCCUGCGCCAGCUGAUUAAUGACUCCCAGUCCUUCUUGUCUGAUCUCCACAUGCCUCACUUCUCCGUGGAGAGUGGACCCGCUGCUAGCCAGGUGCUUGUCAUGGGGCCCGAUGACUUCAUUGUUGCUGUUGUAAGUUCUUUGAAUCAUCCCUUUGGCAGUGGAAUAAUAACACCCUCUGGAGUCCUCCUGAACAGCCAGAUGUUGGACUUCUCCUGGCAAAAUAAAACAAUGAACCAUUCUAUUCCCAGGCCGCAAAAUCUCAUUCAGCCUCGGAAACGACCCCUGUCUUUCCUGUUACCCACCAUCGUGAGACCAUCCGAGGGGAUGUGCGGGACGUACCUAUGUCUGGGAGCUAACAAUGGGGACAAAGCCUUGAGCAGCAUCAUUCAGGUUUUGGUAAAUGUUUUAACAUUUAACAAGAAUCUGAGUGAAAGUUUGUCACUUGGUCGACUUCACCCACAGCUUCAGUCUAACAUCUUGCAGGUUGACAGUGAGUUUCCUGAAGAAGAUAUCGAAUUUCUUGUAGCCAGGGGCCAUCAAGUGGAUAAAGUCAAAGUGGUCUCCCUAGUUCAUGGAGCCAGAAGAACCAACAGUUUCAUCAUUGGCCUGAAGGACCCCAGGAGCGUGGAUGCUGCCGGAGCCACAAUAUUGUAGCACCUCCCAGAUGACAAGUUCACUGAACAAGGCUUAGACAAAUCCACCCAAGUGAUGUGCAUGUUCUGAAAUGGCCCCUUCUCCAUCCCCAGGGUGGUAGCCCUGCAUACACACUGCUGAGUAGACUUUCUGCAUUCCCCACCCAGGAUGACACCAGAGGGAUUAGCUGCACCAACAUACAGCUGUCUGGUUUUUUAAUUUAUUUUAUUUUUAAAUUAUUUGAAUUGCAAGCAGCUCAGUCUUUGUUAUAGGAAUGCAGGGAGCACACUUUUCUUUUGGCAGAGUAUUGCUAAUAAUUCAGUCUUUUCAAAAGCCCAAUUCUAGCCAGCAUCUUCAUUUUAGUGAGCGGGAACAUUAGCAAAGGAAAAAACAGCUGCUGAUGAUACUGUCAUCUUCAUCUCCCUGUCUUUCCCAAGUUCAUUCUUUGCCUCUUGUGUAAACCAAUAAUUAAUGCAGCCUAAUGUAGUGUUUAUAGGUGCCUGUAGCUGGAAUAUCAGGGAGUCCUUUAAUACUCUGUAUGGGCCAGCUGAUUUUUACCGCCAUGCAGCCUCCUGUGUUAGUUCCUUUUCUCACAUCACUACAUACCUUGAAUUUCAGGAGUAAGUAUUUUGAAUCAAGUUACUGUGCAGACUCACUGGCAGUCUGAUUUUGUAACUGGAGCAAUGGUUUUCAACUUCUGACAACUUGUGCACCCCCCAAUAGUUUUCUUAUAGAGGUUCAGCCUCUUCCAUGGUGAAUUUAAGCUUAGUGGUAGUGGGCUUAAUUUUUUUAGAUACCUUUUGGGGAUAUCUUAGCAGUACUCCACAAACUUGUAAAAAUCCACACAAACCAUGGACCGAAAACCACAUGGAGAGUGUUUAGGUAGGCUCAGGGUUUUCCUUACACUGCCUUAUCUCAGUCUGCUCUGAAAGCCUGAAUCAUGUAAUCCCUACAUAGAGGCUUGGGAUAUUCUGCUUACUAAAUUCAUGCCUGUACUUCAGCUCUAUAUUUUAAUACUGGCGGCUCUAUUGCAAAAGCUGAAGAGAGUGAGAGAAA